AUUCUCACUUCACUAUUGAUAUUAGUAAAGAAGCUUUUUUCAACAUAGUUGGAAAGAUGGCUACCAAGCUUGCUCUUUGGUUUCUUCCUUUUCUCCUUUUCUUCUUAAUGAAUGGACAUGGCAUCAGUAGCAGAGACUUGAAGGUAGAGUUGCAAGAUCAUACAGAUACCAAUUCACAAUCAUAUAUUACUAACUAUAUAACUCCUGCAAACACACAGAAGGAAGAAAAUGCACAACAAUACCUUUUUGGGUACAUAGCCACUUCAGACAAUACCCAAUCAAAUUACAAAACAUCCAAAAAACACAACCACCCUUCACAUUCACACCAUGCAAAUCUCAAUCAACCUUACAUCACCGUCUAUCAAACUUCUAAUGCCCAUGAUGCCAACAAGCCUAACUACCUUCUAGGUUAUAGAACCAGUACCCAUGCUCCUGACACAGAUAUUUUAUUCUGGUCAACUGAUAAAGCUUAUAUCACUCAACAUGGUGGUGAUGUUGGUCCCAAAAGUGAUUCAAAUGCGCCAUACAUCGCUCAAUAUGGCGUUGGUGGUUCCAACAAAGAAGUAAAAAAAUCUGCCACAGCCCAGGAUUCGGCUAAGCCUGACGUAACAAAUUAUGGCCUUCAUUCCAAGAAAACAUAUAUCACUAAAUAUGGUAGUGAUGCUGGUUUUAAGUUUACUCAAUAUGGUGAUGGCAUUGGUCCCAAAAGAGAUUCAAAUGCACCAUACAUCUCUCAAUAUGGUGGUGACAAUUCCAACAAAGAAAUAAAAACAAAGUCUGCCACAACCCAGAAUUCAGCUAAGCCUUAUAUGACAACCUAUGGCCUUCAUUCUAAGAAAACGCAAGGCUUGAAGGGAGGGCCACCAUCUCCCAGCGUAGACCACACUGAGGCAUUCAAGGUUGGAUUCUUCGCCAUGGAUGAUCUCUACAUAGGGAACAUUAUGACCCUCCAAUUUCCUGUGGAAGAGUUCUCUCACUUCCUAUCAAAGAAAGAAGCCGACUCCAUUCCUUUCUCAAUCCCACAACUUCCAAGUGUCCUUCAACUCUUCUCAAUCUCUGAAGAUUCUGCACAAGCCAAGUCCAUGAGAGGCACAAUUGAACAAUGUGAAGCAGGAACCAUCACAGGGGAGACUAAGAUUUGUGCUAACUCUUUAGAGUCCAUGCUGGAAUUCGUCCACAACAUCAUUGGAUCAGAGGAAAAGCACAACAUUCACACAACUACUCCAUCUUCAGGGGCUCCUCUGCAAAAAUAUACCAUUUUGAAAAUAUCAGAAGAUAUAUAUGCUCCUAAAUGGGUAGCUUGUCAUCCUAUGCCAUACCCAUAUGGUGUUUACUUUUGCCACUACAUAUCAACAGGGACCAGGGUGUUCAAGGUCUUGUUAGAUGGUGAGAAUGGAGACAAGGUUGAAGCUCUUGGCGUAUGCCACUUGGACACAUCUGAUUGGAGCCCAAAUCACAUUCUGUUUAAGCAACUUGGGUUCAUGCCUGGGGAGGCUCCAGUGUGCCACUUCUUCCCUGUGAAGCAUCUUAUGUGGGUUCCCCAACCCUCAACAGCCACCAUGUGAAAAGAAUAGGGAGUGAGUAUCUAUGCAAUAAAGGGUCAAUGAUAAAUGGCCUAGUAGCCAACUCAUGAUCUUGUUCCUAUUGUAGACUUCAUCUUUGUUUGUAUGACUUGCGUUUAUGAAUGAAUUUUAAGAUUAUGGUUAAAAAAAAAAAGAAAUC